AUAGCAUAUGUAUCUCCUAACGGUACGCACCAAGAACAAGUUUUGCUUUGAAGGAGAGCUGGUGUUCCAUUUUGGCAAACAAACAUGGAAAUGCCAGCUUUCAGUAGAUCUUCUUCACAUGAAGAAGACGACGACAAUAAAGAAGCUCUUAAAUGGGCAGAGCUCCAGAGGCUUCCAACUUAUAACCGGUUGAAGAAAGGUCUACUGGUCACGGGGUCUUCCGGCCAGUCACGUGAAGUCGAUGUUCGAAACCUUGGGUUUCAAGAAAGGAAAGAGUUGGUCGACAGGUUGGUUGGAGAAGAUGAAGAGGAUCAUUCUGAGUUCUUGUUCAAGCUCAAGAACCGCUUCGAUAGGAUGGGAAUUAGUCUCCCUACAAUAGAAGUCAGAUAUGAGCAUUUAAACAUUGACGCCGAAGCUUAUUUUGGAAGCAGAGCUCUUCCUACAUGCUUAACCUUCUGUGUCAAUUUAUUAGAGGGCUUCUUCAGCUUCCUUCAUAUACUUCCCACAAGAAAGAAGCAGUUUUCAAUUCUCAAAGAUGUUAGUGGGAUCAUCAAGCCUGGAAGAAUGACAUUGCUUCUGGGUCCUCCAAGUUCUGGGAAAACCACACUCUUGUUGGCUUUGGCUGGAAAGCUUGACCCUAAUCUUAAGUUUUCUGGAAGGGUAACGUACAAUGGGCACGACAUGCGUGAGUUUGUGCCUCAGAGAGCUGCAGCCUAUGUGGAUCAGUAUGAUCUCCAUAUUGGAGAAAUGACUGUCAGAGAAACAUUGGCCUUCUCUGCAAGAUGCCAAGGGGUUGGAUCACGUUAUGAUAUGCUAGCAGAGUUGACUAGAAGAGAGAAGGAAGCAAAUAUAAAGCCUGACCCAGACGUUGACAUCUACAUGAAGGCAAUAGCAGCAAAAGGCAACGAAGAAAGCAUUGCCACAGAUUAUGUUUUGAAGGUUUUGGGAAUGGAUGAAUGUGCAGAUAUAUUGGUAGGAGAUCAACUGAUAAGGGGUAUCUCUGGAGGACAAAAGAAGCGUCUUACGACCGGGGAGAUGCUUGUUGGACCUGCUAAGGCAUGGUUCAUGGAUGAAAUAUCUACUGGGUUGGACAGUUCAACAACUUUUCAAAUUGUGAACUCCAUCAAACAAACUGUUCACAUUCUCAAAGAGACUGCUUUCAUCUCGCUCUUGCAGCCAGCUCCUGAGACUUACGAUCUUUUCGACGACCUUGUUCUUCUCUCGGAUGGCCAAAUUGUGUAUCAAGGUCCCCGGGAACAAGUUCUUGGAUUCUUUGAAUCCAUGGGAUUUAAGUGUCCCGAGAGGAAAGGCGUGGCAGACUUCCUGCAAGAAGUGACAUCAAGGAAAGACCAGGAGCAGUAUUGGGCAAGGAAAGAUGAGCCUUACAGCUUUAUCACGGUCGAGGAAUUUUCCGAUGCAUUCAAAUCAUUCCAUGUGGGACAGAUGCUUGGUGAUGAGCUUGCCACUCCAUUUGACAAAUCCAAGAGCCAUCCAGAUGCUUUGACAACUAAAAAAUAUGGUGUUACAAAGAAGGAACUUCUGAAAUCUUGCUUCUCGAGAGAACUCUUGCUUAUGAAAAGAAAUUCAAUUGUCUACUUUUACAUGUUCCUUCGGCUUGCAACAAUGGGGCUGCUAACAAUGUCCGUGUUCUUACGAACUGAGAUGCACCGCGAUUCCGUAACUGAUGGAGGAAUUUAUAUGGGAGCUUUGUUCUACGGCCUUAUCACUGUUACCUUCAAUGGAGUAUCUGACCUUUCCAUGAUUGUUUACAAGCUUCCUGUUUUUUACAAACAAAGAGACCUCCACUUCUUUCCUUCAUGGGCAUAUGCACUUCCUUUAUGGAUCCUGAAGAUCCCUAUCACAAUUACAGAAGUGGGUGUUUGGGUGUUCAUUACAUACUAUGUCAUUGGAUUUGAUCCCGAUGUAGGAAGGUUGUUUAGGCAAUUUUUUCUGCUCUUACUUGUUAGUCAGAUGGCUUCUUCAUUGAGCCGAUUAAUAGGGGCAGUUGGCAGGAACAUGAUUGUUUCUUCUACCAUUUACUCUUUUACUCUAAUUACACUUUCUUCUUUGGGUGGUUAUAUUCUGUCAAGAGAUCAUAUAAAGAAAUGGUGGAUUUGGGGUUACUGGCUAUCACCUUUGAUGUACGGGCAAAAUGCAAUGGUAGUUAAUGAGUUUCUUGGUAAAAGUUGGAAUAAGAUUCUUCCAAACUCAGUGGAACCUCUGGGAAUUGAGGUUUUAAGGUCCCAUGGAUUUUUCACUCAAGCAUAUUGGUAUUGGAUAGGCAUAGGGGGAUUGGUGAUAUAUGUUCUACUGAUCAACUUCUGUAUCAGUCUGGCCCUUACUUAUCUCAACCCUCGUGUGAAGCAGCAUGCUGUUAAAUCAGAAGUUUCUCAAAGCAAUCAGAAUGUCAGCAAGACAAGAGAAGCCAUUAGGUCAAAGAGCAGAGAUGGUAGUUUUAGUCAACAAGCCAAUGAAGAAAGUGGAGGUCAAGAAAUUAAGAUUGGAAGUAGUCCCUCCACGUUCUCAUCUAUUAGAACUGAAGCCGUUGCUGAUAUCAAUAAUAACAAGAAAACUGGAAUGGUUCUUCCAUUUGAACCGCAUUCUAUCACUUUUGAGGAUAUCAGCUACUCUGUUGACAUGCCACAGGAAAUGAAAAACCAGGGUAUCCUUAAGGAUAAACUAGUGAUUCUCAAGGAUUUGAGUGGUGCUUUCAGGCCAGGUGUUCUCACAGCUUUGAUGGGUGUAAGUGGUGCCGGUAAAACAACUCUUAUGGAUGUUCUUGCCGGUAGGAAAACCGGAGGAUAUAUCGAGGGAAGUAUCAAAAUUUCUGGUUUCCCAAAGAUCCAACACACAUUUGCUCGUAUAUCUGGGUACUGCGAACAAAAUGACAUCCACUCUCCUCAUGUUACUGUCUAUGAGUCCUUGCUCUACUCAACAUGGCUGCGUUUGUCACCAGAAGUCAAUUCUGAAACUAGGAAGAUGUUCAUUGAGGAAGUGAUGGAACUUGUAGAGCUGAACACCUUAAAACAAGCAAUGGUGGGGUUACCUGGUGUAACUGGUCUUUCAACUGAGCAGCGCAAGAGGCUAACAAUUGCAGUUGAGCUAGUGGCUAACCCUUCCAUAAUAUUCAUGGAUGAACCAACUUCAGGCCUGGAUGCAAGAGCAGCUGCCAUUGUUAUGAGAACAGUGAGGAACACUGUGGACACUGGGAGAACAGUUGUAUGCACCAUCCAUCAGCCAAGCAUCGACAUAUUUGAAGCUUUCGAUGAGGUAUUCCUAAUGAAGCGAGGAGGAAAAGCCAUAUAUGUGGGUCCAUUGGGUCAGCACUCUUGCCAUUUAAUCAAGUACUUUGAGGGAAUUCAAGGAGUUCCUAAAAUUAAAGAUGGUUAUAAUCCAGCAACUUGGAUGUUGGAAGUAACAACUCCAGGGAAAGAAAAAGAUCUGGGAAUUGAUUUUGCUGAUGUGUACAGAAAUUCAGAACUUUACAUGAGAAACAAAGCACUUAUUGUGGAGUUAAGCAGUCCUGCUCCUGGUUCAAAGGACCUCUAUUUCCCUACUGAAUACUCACAGUCACUUUUAACCCAGUGCCUGGCUUGCUUGUGGAAACAACAUUGGUCUUAUUGGCGUAAUCCACAAUACACUGCCAUACGAUUCCUUUUCACAACUUUGAUGGCUAUAGUGUUUGGGACGAUAUUCCUGGAUCUUGGUUCCAAAAGGACAACCAAACAAGAUCUUUUCAAUGCAAUGGGCUCCAUGUAUUGUGCAGUUCUCUUUCUUGGUGUGAAGAAUUCAUCUCUAGUGCAGUCAGUGGUUUCUGUGGAGCGAACAGUCUUUUAUAGAGAACGAGCGGCUGGAAUGUAUUCAGCCUUCCCAUAUGCCUUUGCACAGGUCAUGAUUGAGGUCCCUUACGUCUUUGCUCAAGGUUUGGUAUAUGGUACUAUUGUUUAUGUUAUGCUUGGAUUUCAAUGGAGUUUAGCCAAAUACCUCUGGUAUAUAUUCUUCAUGUUCUUCACAUUUAUGUACUACACUUACUAUGGGAUGAUGUCUGUGGCCUUGACACCAAGCCUGCACAUUUCUGCUAUAUAUGCCUCUGCAUUUUAUGCAGUAUGGAACCUCUUUUCGGGAUUCGUAGUCCCAAGAACUAGAAUACCUGUAUGGUGGAGAUGGUAUUACUGGGGAUCUCCCAUGGCUUGGAGCUUGUAUGGUUUGGUUGCAUCACAGUAUGGUGAUGUCAAGGAGGUGAUGGAGACAGGACAAACAGUGGAAGAAUUUUUGAGGGACUACUUCGGCUUUUAUCAUGAAUUCUUGGGAGUUGUUGCUGCUGUGGCUGUUGGGUUCACUCUCCUUUUUGCAUUUGUAUUUGCCUUGGCCAUUAAGAUUCUGAAUUUCCAGAAGAGAUAGGAAAUUUACCCCUUCUUGAAGCUAAGUAGGAAGGCUAUAAUUUUCCUGCAAAUUAACUUUAUGUUCUCUGUGUUUCAAGGCAUAUCUCUUGUAUCAUGAUCUGUGAUUUAUCUUUUAGUAUCUAUCUUAUAUUAAUGUAAAGAAGUUUGAGAAUGAUAUUGGAAUGUGUAUAAUUAUGAUGUUUUAUAUACACAAUUACAAUUAUAUGAUCAAAUAUAUAGUUGCAUACCAAUUUGUCGAUA